AUGUGGAAGAGCAAGCCAUGUGUUAGUAGUCGCGUGUAGUUUAUUUUAGUGCUGGGUUGUUCAUAGAUAUGUCAUAAAUGUAUGUGUAAAUCUCAUUCUUCAAAGGAAUACGAUAUUUAUUUACAAAGUUAUUUCCAGGACAAUAUGGAUGAAGAUUCAAGGAAACCACAUCGACUUCGUCACAGUGGUCCUAAAGCAGAUAAAAAGAAAGCCAAAAACAAACAUGAACAGGAGCUGACACCUCAACAGAGAAACCCCAAAGCUUUUGCUUUCCACUCUGUCAACAAAGUAGCAAAGUCUGUGAAAAGGACCCUAGACAUCCACACCAAGAAGACCCACAUCCCAGAAGUAGACAGGACCCCUGUAGAGCCUCCGCCAGUUGUAGUAGCUGUAGUAGGUCCACCUAAAGUUGGGAAAACUACACUUCUCAGUUGCUUGAUAAAGAACUUCACAAAACAAAAACUGACAAGUGUCCAGGGCCCUGUUACCAUUGUGUCAGGCAAGAAAAGAAGACUAACUUUUUUGGAGUGCAAUAAUGAUGUCAAUUCCAUGAUAGAUGUGGCUAAAGUGGCAGACUUGGUGCUUCUGCUCAUAGAUGCAAGUUUUGGGUUUGAAAUGGAAACAUUUGAAUUUUUGAACAUUUGCCAAGUUCAUGGUUUCCCAAAGAUCAUGGGAGUAUUGACUCACCUGGACAUGUUCAGGAAUACCAAGAAACUGAGGAAGACAAAGAAAAGGCUGAAACAUAGGUUUUGGACUGAAAUUUAUCAGGGAGCAAAACUUUUCUACCUGUCUGGAAUGGUGAAUGGUGAAUACCAGAAAACUGAAGUUCACAACCUUGGGAGGUUUAUUUCUGUGAUGAAGUUUCGACCAUUACAUUGGAGAACCACCCAUCCCUAUCUACUAGCUGACAGAAUGGAGGAUCUGACAGAUCCUGAACUCAUCAGACAGAAUGCCAAGUGUGACAGGACAGUUUGUUUAUAUGGCUAUGUGAGGGGAACACACUUUAAGAGCAACUGUAACGUCCACCUGCCAGGAGCGGGAGACUUUUCAGUAAAAGACAUCAGUUUCCUCCCAGACCCCUGUCCUCUGCCUGAGAGGGAAAACCGACGCUCCCUGAAUGAAAGUGAACGUUUGAUUUAUGCCCCUAUGUCAGGUGUGGGAGGAAUAGUUUAUGACAAAGAUGCAGUGUACAUUGACCUAGGUGGGAGCCAUUCUCAUACUCAGCAGGCAGUGGAGGAGGAUGCUCCCAUCAAUGAAUUAGUUGCUACCAUGAAGAACCCGAUGAAGACCCUCGAAGACAAGAUGGCCACCAGUGAGUUAACUCUGUUCAAGAAUGCAGCACCACUCACAGAGGCUGACAUACACAGAAUGAACCUAUCUGGACAGCAGGAAGAGAAAACUGUGGCUGAUGCAGUAAAUGGCAGAGACAGAAGAAAAGCAGUCUUUGGUGAAAAUACAGAUGAUGAAGAGGAUAAAGAUGAUGAUGAUGAUGAUGAAGAGGAUGAAGAUAGUGAUGAUGAAGUUGGAGGUGAUGAUGAGGAUACAGAUGGGGAUGAGGAGCAGGAUGAAACAGAGGAAGAUUUCAGUAAACCUGGAGCUCUCAAAACAGAGAUGUUUACAAGAUCAGCAAAGAAAAGGAAAAUGGAUGGAGAAGGGGAAAACUUGGCAUUUGCUGAUAGUGAUGAUGACCUAGAAGAAAAUUUUCAGUUGUUUACACCUGUAGCUGAAAAAAAGAAUACACCAAGAAAACAAUCAAAUAUAAAUAGUUCGAGUAGUAGUCGUGGAAGAGGAGGAGGACAGCACAUGGAUGUUGAAAUCAAUUAUAAAGCUGAUUCAGAAACUGAUUCUGAAAUGGAAUCUACUGAAAUAGAUGAUGGUGUUGUGGAAAAAAAGAGAAAAAAGAGGACUAAGGUUAGUGAACAAGAACAGGUUACACACAGGAAAGGAUCCAGAGAAGAAAAAUAUGGUGGAUUGAAUGACAGAAUAGAUGAAAAACAAGACUCUUCAGAUAAUGAAUGUGGUGAACAUGUCGGUAAUGGUGCUGAAGAUGGUAGUGAGGAAGAUGAAGAUGAUGUAGAGUAUCAAGAAAAAGAAGAUUAUGAUGCUAGGGAGGAUAAUCUGAAUGAAGAAUCUGGACUGUUGCGGUGGAAAGAAAACAUUGCAGAAAAAGCAUCUCAAUCAUUUCUUAAGAAUAAACAAACCAAUUGGAGGAAAAUUGUGUAUGGACACGAAAGUGAAGACUAUGAUGGUGAAUCUGAAGAGGAGGGGGAAGUGGGUGGCCUUUUUAAGAUUUCUAAGAAGAAAAAAGAUCAGAGAAAAGGAAUUGAUGGCUUUGAUUGCUCAAGAGAUGCUACUGGACAAAACCAGGAAUGGAAUAUUCAGGAGCUUUUGGAGAGCAUCCAGGACUGCUUUGUUACUGGAAAGUGGGACAAAAGUGAAGAUGCCAAGGCUUUACUGGAUCAAGAUGAUGAUUUGUAUGGGGCAUUUGAAGACCUUGAGACGGGCGAAGUCAUGGAGGAUCAUCAGCAAGAAGAUGAGGAGGAAGAAGAAGAUGCAGAAGAUGGUGGUGGAGGUGAAGAUAAAGAUGUGGAAAAACCUAAAAUGAAACGUGACAUGACUAAGGAAGAAAGGAAGCAAAAAGCACUGGACAAACGUGCAGAAAAGAAACGCAAAUUGAAAGCCAUGUUUGAUGCGGAGUACGAUGCCAGUGGCGGAGGUGGUGAAGAAUCUUUUUAUGAUGAGUGGAGGAGUGAAAUGGAGCAGCAAGCACAGUUAAACCGAGCCGAGUUUGAGAACCUAGAUGAAGACUUGAGGGUGCAGUAUGAAGGUUUUAGACCAGGGCUGUAUGUGCGUGUGCAGCUGGACAACAUGCCCUGUGAAUUUAUUGACCAUUUUGACCCAACCUACCCAGUCAUCCUUGGUGCUUUACUAAGUGCAGAGGACACUAUUGGUUAUGUAAAUCUAAGAGUAAAGAAACACAGGUGGCAUAAGAAGAUUUUGAAGACCAAGGACCCUCUCAUUAUUUCCUUGGGUUGGCGUAGGUUCCAAACCAUUCCUCUGUACUCUAUUCAGGAUCACAACAUGAGGCAGAGGCUGCUGAAGUAUACGCCUGAACACAUGCAUUGUACUGCUAGUAUUUGGGGUCCCAUCACCCCCCAGGGCACUGGUUUCUUGGCUGUCCAGACAGUGGCCGGCACUCCAGACUUCAGAAUAGCUGCAACUGGAGUUGUGUUGGAGCUGGACAAAUCUGUGACUGUUGUGAAGAAGCUUAAACUCACAGGAACUCCCUACAAGAUCUAUAAAAAGACUGCAUUUAUUAAGGGCAUGUUUAACUCUGAACUGGAAGUGUCCAAAUUUGAAGGUGCCAGCAUCCGUGCUGUUAGCGGCAUCCGUGGCCAGAUAAAGAAACCAGUUCGCACACCUGAGGGAGCUUUUAGAGCAACUUUUGAGGACAAACUCUUAUUGAGUGACAUUGUAUUUGUGCGAACAUGGUACCGUGUUGAGGUACCAAAGUUUUACAACCCUCUCACCACCCUCCUCUUUCCCCUACAACAGAGGAGUCAGUGGGAAGGCAUGAAGACAUUGGGACAGCUGAAGAGGGAGAAGGGGAUAAAAGCAGAGGCCAAUCCAGAUUCUUCCUAUAAGUCCAUUGAGAGAAAGGGUCGCAGUUUUCAUCCUUUGGUUAUACCCAAGCACCUGCAGCGUGAUUUACCAUUCAAAGACAAGCCAAAGGUGGCCACAAGACAGAAGGAUCCAGUGCAGGCACAGAGGGUAGCAGUUGUCAGAGAACCCAAGGAAAGAAAGGUUGCUGAGUUAAUGAAGAUGUUGAAGACAUUACAUGAGCACAAAAUGAAGCAAAGACGUUCUCAAAUGAGAGAGCGUGCACAGCAGCAUGAGAAGGAUAAAAGAAAAAUUGAAAUGAAAAGGACAGAAAAGCAGAAAGUUGUGAAGAAACAAAUUUACAGAGUAUUAGGCCAAAUUGAGAAAAAGAAGAAAAGGCAUGAAAAGGAAUAAAAUUAAUAAGUGGACAACAUUUUUAAAUAUCAUAGAGAAGACCAUGCAUACAUCCAAUACAAGUCACAAUCCUGUAUCUUUGAACAUUUUCUUUAAAAUCAUUAAAUUAUCAAAUAGUCUCUCUGAAACUGCAUUUGUAUGAUAUGUAUCUUUCUGAGCUACAGAAAUUAAAUGGAGAACUAAAAACAAAAUGAUCU